CGCUUCCGCUCUUCCCGGGUCCAGUCCAUCCUGGCGGGGUCGCGGGGUCGGGAUGGCUGCUGGAGGCGAUCAUGGUUCGCCCGACAGCUACCGCUCACCUCUUGCCUCCCGCUAUGCCAGCCCGGAGAUGUGCUUCGUGUUUAGCGACAGGUAUAAAUUCCGGACAUGGCGGCAGCUGUGGCUGUGGCUGGCGGAGGCCGAGCAGACAUUGGGUUUGCCUAUCACAGAUGAACAAAUCCAGGAGAUGAAAUCAAACCUGGACAACAUCGACUUCAAGAUGGCAGCUGAGGAAGAGGAACGAUUACGACAUGAUGUGAUGGCUCACGUGCACACGUUUGGCCACUGCUGUCCACAAGCUGCAGGCAUUAUUCACCUUGGUGCCACUUCUUGCUAUGUUGGAGACAAUACUGACUUGAUUAUUCUUAGAAAUGCACUUGACCUGCUUUUGCCAAAGCUUGCCAGAGUGAUCUCUCGGCUUGCCGACUUUGCUAAGGAACGAGCCAGUCUACCCACAUUAGGUUUCACACAUUUCCAGCCUGCACAGCUGACCACAGUUGGGAAACGUUGCUGUCUUUGGAUUCAGGAUCUUUGCAUGGAUCUCCAGAACUUGAAGCGUGUCCGAGAUGACCUGCGCUUCCGGGGAGUAAAGGGCACCACUGGCACUCAGGCCAGUUUCCUGCAGCUCUUUGAGGGAGAUGACCAUAAGGUAGAGCAGCUUGACAAGAUGGUGACAGAUAAGGCGGGAUUUAAGAGAGCUUUCAUCAUCACAGGGCAGACAUAUACACGAAAAGUGGAUAUUGAAGUACUGUCUGUGCUGGCUAGCUUGGGGGCAUCAGUGCACAAGAUUUGCACUGACAUACGCCUCCUGGCAAACCUCAAGGAGAUGGAGGAACCCUUUGAAAAACAGCAGAUUGGCUCGAGUGCAAUGCCAUACAAGCGGAAUCCCAUGCGUUCAGAACGUUGCUGCAGUCUUGCCCGCCACCUGAUGACCCUUGUCAUGGACCCGCUACAGACAGCAUCUGUCCAGUGGUUUGAACGGACACUGGAUGAUAGUGCCAACCGACGGAUCUGUUUGGCCGAGGCAUUUCUUACUGCAGAUACUAUACUGAAUACGCUGCAGAACAUUUCUGAAGGAUUGGUAGUGUACCCCAAAGUAAUUGAGCGGCGCAUUCGGCAAGAGCUGCCUUUCAUGGCCACAGAGAACAUCAUCAUGGCCAUGGUCAAAGCUGGAGGUAGCCGCCAGGAUUGCCAUGAGAAAAUCAGAGUGCUUUCUCAGCAGGCAGCUUCUGUGGUCAAGCAGGAAGGGGGUGACAAUGACCUCAUAGAGCGUAUCCAGGCUGAUGCCUACUUCAGUCCCAUUCACUCCCAGUUGGAUCGUUUACUGGAUCCUUCUUCUUUCACUGGUCGUGCCUCCCAGCAGGCUGGAGUGCAGUGGUGCUGGGAUUACAGGCGUGAGCCCCCACAACUGACCAAGAUACGGCUAUUUUGAGCUGCCUUAAGUAUUUCUUUAUGUAGAUUUUUUGGAGUUUUGAUCUUGAGAAUGUGGUAUAACGGACAAAGAAUUAGGUUUUAUUGUCAGGUGGAUUUGGGUUAAAUCCUAACUUCUGGCAUUUACUGGCUGACAGGAUAAAAGUAAAUAUCUCAGUGUUGUAACGAAUGAAAUGCAUGAGUAUAUACUAAGUGCUCAGUAUGUGUUCAGAUACUGUAUUUAAUUCUGGGGAUUUAAAAAUGAAUAGAUAGGCUGGGCACAGUAGCUCACACCAGUAAUCCCAGUACUUUGGGAGGCCGAGGCAGGAGAAUUGCUUGAGUUCAGGAGUUCAAGAACAUCCUGGGCAACAUGGUGAAAACUCGUCUCUACAAAAAAAUACAAAAGUUAGCCAGGUGUGGUGGCGUGCACCUGUAGUCUCAGCUACUCAGGGUGCUGAGGCGGGAAGAUAGCUUGAGCCCAGGAGGUCAAGGCUGCAGUGAGCCAUGUUCAUGCCCCUGCCCUGUGGCUUGGGUGUCAAAGUGAGAUCCUGUCUCAAAAAAAAGUAAAGAUGAAUGGAUAAUUCUCAUCUUCAGAGAGCUCAAAACCUAGUGGUGAAUACUUUUAAAUAAGUCAUUAGAAUACCAAGCAGUAGGUACGAGGACUGAGGGCUAAAAUACUAGAACUGGAGGUAGGAGACCAAUAAAGAGGCUGCUGCAACGGACCAAGCAGUAGAUGAUGAGAGCUUUGAGUGAAGGCAGUGGUGAGAGAUGCAGACCAGGGAGGGAGAGGAGGUUAAGCUCUUGGUGAUUACUUGAAGAGGGCUGGGAAGCAGGAGGAAGGAAGCUGUGGUGAUUUUUAGGUUACGUGGAAAUGGCGAAACCACCUGAGAGAACACAGGCUGGGCCAGUUUGUGGGAAAGGUUGGUGGGCAUGUGGGCAUGGUGGUUGAAUCACCUGUGCCUAGGCAGAAAUUCCUGAUAGACAGUUAAGGAAAACAAGCUCAGUGGUGGAGUAAACGCUUCAUUAAAUUAGGUUUUAUUGGUAUCACCUGACAUUGGAAAGGUAUUAUCUGCUAAUAUCUUAACAUUUUCUUU